UAAAAUAAUUCCUCAAUUAUGUAUGAGGGAAAGUUAUUUUAAUUUGAAACACCUUUGAAAAUUACUCCAUUUUGGGCAAUUAUUUUAAUUUCUUUUUCAAAAGAAAAUGCUGACAAUGAGUUGUUAACCCCCCGUUUCCUUUGUUCUCGCUUGCUCGAGCAAAAAACAAAAUGGCCGCCCACAGGGGAAUGGGUCAUCAUCAAAUGACAAAUUUAGCAUUUCACAGCCAAGCCAUGAACUUUCCGCCAACAAUUCAAGUCGAAAUGGCCGACACCUUACCCAUUGACGCUUCAAAAACUAGCAUAGCGGUUGCAGUUGAAGGGCAAGAACUCGUACAAGAAAUUGUUCAAAAGGCCAGUGCACUGUUUAAAUCUUUACAAGACUGCGAAGUACUGAAUGUGGAAAAGUCUGGAAGCAAGGAGAAGCAACAGCAGUUGUCUAAAAGUGCUCAGGAAACAUUGGAAAGUUUAAAGGAACUGAUUAAUAAGUUGAGGAAUGUGUAUGAUGAGACAAGGAGAAGGAUGCCUGAAGUACAUGAUGUUUUGAGCUCUGGAAAUAUUGAGGUAUAAAUAUCAAUGAUGAGGACUUUUAUAUGGAGGCUAGCAGGCAGGGAUAUCCGCUUUUAAUAUAUACAUAAAGCCUGCCGCACACAAGAGCAACUUGCUGAGCUAACCGCCACGCGAGGCGGUUAGCUCAGCAAGUUGCUCUCGUGUGCGGAUAGUUUUCGUGAGGAUUUGACCUCUCGAGGCCAUGAGGAAAAUAUCUAUUGUGUUUGAUAUUUUUUGCCUCGCGAGGAAAAAAUCUCAGCGUCUGCGGAUAUUGUGAGCUAAGUGCUGAGCUGUUUCAAUCAAUUAGCCAAUGUUCAAUCAAUUAACCAUGGUUUCUUCAUGUGACAUGGAACAAAAUGGAGGAAAAUGCAAAUAAUUUUGUUAAUUAUGUUGUUGUUGAGUAGUUUUCCCAACAUGUGCGGUGAAAAUACAUAGCUGAGCUAAUCGCCUUGCGAGGCAGUUAGCUCAGCAAGUUGCUCUUGUGUGCGUCAGGCUUAAUGCAGUUUAGGAACGAUGGCAGGAGCAGUCGCGUGUGAGUGACCAAGUGCAUGGCAAUGAUGGCAUAUCCACAUUAAAAGUAUCCUUGACCAGGUUGGAGUAUGUCGUAUGCAGGAAGCGUUUAGAAAUUCUUAGGCUGGCAAAUUUAUCUAUGGCAGCUAUUUUACAAUAACGCGAUAAUCACCUAAGCAAUUUUGAAAUGGCGACUGAAGCCGUUUUGUCAAUUAAAUAAUGAAGAAUGUAUAUUUUUUCCAAAUAAUCACCUAUGAAAUUAUACUAAAACAACUAUUCACCUCGGGCUUGGUGAUUAUCGUAAAUAAAAAACUUGACUUCGUCUUGGUUUUUAUUCACUGAUGAUGACCUCACCUUCGGCAAAUAAUUCUUAAAUGUUCCUGUAAACAGAAAUUACAUUAGGAAAUUACGUAUUUCUAAUGAAACAGUAUUGAUGAAAAUUUAUUCACAUGUUUGGCAAAAUAUUUAUAAUACUACAAGUGCAUAAGCAUGAGCAUACCACGUUAAAGAUAAUAGAAAAUAAUACCUAACCUGUAACUUUAAGGUCCUGUUGGAAUUUUAAACUAUUCCUUUAGGAAAUCCAAUUUCCAGUCCCACAAGCAUUAGCUUUACUACUAUGUUAAAAUAAUUUUUUUUAUUUUAAUUAAAUUUCUUAUAGCAAAUUAUAUUUCUAUACUAUAGAAAUUUGUAUAGGAAUCCAAAAAUUGAGAUUCCUACAGGAAUUUUUUAUAAGAGAAUUUUCACCAUCAUUGUGCCCAAUCAUAGAUUUGCUGGGAGAGGCAUUAUUUUUAAACUAGGGGGAUAUAAUAUGUUGUUAAUUUAGAACUAAGGUGUUAUUUUUUAGCAUUUGUUACCUUUGGAAGAUGACCCCAGUCAAAUGGUCAUGGAUAUGCAUGAUGCUGAAAGAGAAAGCUUAAUUAAGGUAUUGGUUUCUUAACACUUCAGUUAACUGGCAUUGCGCUCUCAUGCACCCUAAUUGAUUUUUUGACUCAGUCUAAUGACAGGUGAUUUUACUAGCUACAACAUAAAAAUCUAUAAAUUUGGGGGUUCAUAUUGUUCAAAUAAAGUAAGCUCAUUGUUAGCAAAAAGUAAGUAGAGGAUUUCCUGGUUAUUUAAAUAUUUCCAUGUAAGGUAUACUAUAUACAUUAAUACUUCACAUACUAAAAUCUUUCAAAACUAUAAUACUGUACCCACCACCUUACUUAUAUUGUAACAUGAUCUAUGUCCCCCCCCCCCCCUUAAUUAUUUCAAUGGUAUUCCUUGAAAGUGUACAUUAAAGCCCAUUUUCCACUAGGCGAAAUUGUUUGUGCAAAGCGAACGAAAAACAAAUCUUGGUAACCAGUUCCUACUUUUUGGAUCAGUUCCUACUUUUUUACUGUUUGUGCAAACACAUUUGCCUAGUGGAUAAUUUAAUCAUAAUGCGCUAAUAAAAAUGAUAAAUUAUUUAAAUUGUUAUUUUUUAGUGCCAAUGUACCCUGAUGUUCCCUACUUUAUUAUUUUACUCUGUCUAAUGCCAGACAAUUUUACUUAUCAAGUGGAGAGUGCUGCCACUUAAUGGGUUAAAUGUGUCAGUCUGUUUUAUACUUUCUUUCAUUAUAUAUUAUACAUUGUGUAAUUGUCAUAUCUUUAUUAUUUCAGGAAGUACAAAGAAAAAAUGAAACGAUAAAAGUUCUUAUCGAAAAAUUCAGAGCUUUAAUUCAAGAUUUAAAUUUAAUUGUACAACUGGAAACAUCUCAGUAGUUCAGCAAUAUAUAGAACAACCUGGCCCUGCUACCCAGCCAAAAAUCAGUUAGGUUGCAAAGGAGUCAAACUUGUCAUUCAGUAAUAAUGUCAAGAUUGAACAAUAUUGUUGAAACCAAAAAGUCAGUGUUUAUUACAAGCUUGGCUACUGUAUGUUGAGAUUGAUCAGAUAACAUUGACCAGAUAACAUUGAUCAGAUAACAUUGAUCAGAUAACAUUGAUCAGAUAACAUUCAUUUGAUCAAAUAACAUUGAUCAGACAACAUUGAUCAAAUAACAUUGAUCAAAUAACAUUGACCAGAUAACAUUGAUCAGAUACCAUUUGAUCAGAUAACAUUGAUCAGAUAACAUUGAUCAGAUAACAUUAAUCAGAUAACAUUAAUCAGAUAACAUUCAUUUGAUCAAAUAACAUUGAUCAGACAACAUUGAUCAAAUAACAUUGAUCAAAUAACAUUGACCAGAUUUGAUCAGAUAACAUUGAUCAAAUAACAUUGAUCAGAUAACAUUGAUGAGUUAACACUGAUCAGAUAACAUUGAUCAGAUAAUUUAGUUUUAGUUUUAAUAAGCUUUCGUACAUUUAUACGAGGAGUUAAACAACAGAGCAAGCUCCAAUCAAGGUUUAACUCCGAUAACAUUGAUCAGAUAACAUUGACCAGAUAACAGUGACCAGAUAACAGUGACUAGGUAGCAUUGAUCAGAUAACAUUGUUCAGAUAGCAUUGUUCAGAUAGCAUUGAUCAGAUAACAUUGAUCAGAUAACAUUGAUCAGAUAAUUGCUCUCUAAUCUCAUGUCUUCAUAUUUUACUUGGUUACUGUAAGAAGAGUUACCACGAGGGUAAUGGAGGGCCUAAAAUUGCAUUUUUGCAACUCCUCCUGACUAAAGAUGAAUAUAAUUUUCACUCAAAAUCUCUAUCUUCAAAGCGUUCAGCUUUUAAAUUCCUGAUAUAGUGGCAAUACCAAUUUGACAAAUACAGAAGCAAGAUUUUUAACAAGCAACUUUUGUUUAAUAAUGCUAUUAAAAACAACUAGGAAAUCGUAUUUCUUCAAAAAAUUAAUGUUUAGUACAAUGUAUACAGUAGAUUUUUGUAAUAAAAAUGCUACGAUAGACAUACUAGUUAUUAUAGGAUUGUCAUUAGAGAUUAGAGUCAGAGUGCGAAUAAAUGGCCUACAAAUGACAAAUCGUCAUGCAAAAAAUACAUUUUUGUUAUAUUGUGUAGGCCAAAAAAUCGCCACAAUUUCACGAAAAAUUUGUAGGUCAACUGAUGUUUAUUGCAUCAUUUCAAACCAAAACAACAGCAGCAUAUCAUACACAUGAAUAUUAGAAAAACGUUUCCUAGGUCAAAAUUGAAAUUUGUAGGUCAAAACUAGCAUGACCUACAAUUUUUAAAAAGGUUGUUAUAUUGUAGGCCAGAAAAAAUUCUUACUUUGCACCCUGUAAUAUGUUUUUGGAUACAGAUUGAACUGGAUUUGGAUGGGACCCGACUAGGUUUGGAAUGGAUUCAAGUGAUUUCGAAUUGCACUUGAUUUAAUAAUUUAUACUUGUAAGGUUCUUCUUGAUCUUGAAUUUCUUUAGCUUUCCAUUCUUAACUUUCCUCGUGUAGAAAUGCAAGUCCCCUGGACGAGACUUCCUUCACCGCAAACUUUUUACCUCGCUGUCUCAUACGAUAUGCUUGAUGUAUCACGUCUUCUCUCUGAUCCCCGUAUGACAAGACUGCUAGUAUUGCUUUAAUCUGUUCUUCGCUAUGAAAAUCAAUCAUGAAAUAAAAGAAUGCAUCUCUCAAAAACUUCAACUUCAAUUGAUUAUGUUGGUCAGAUUCUGCAGCCUUCUCCCUUUUCUCCUUCGCUUUCCAGCCUUGCGCAGAGACCAUGGCGUUUUCCAAAACAUCUUCGGGAUUAUUCUUCUGUAUUUCUUUAAUAAUUUCAUCUUUUUCGACCAAUUCCAUUUUUAGCUCCAAAAGUUCUUUCAUCGAAGAGCAGCAGGCGACAAUGUCAUCGGAUUCGCUACAUGGCGAUUCGAAUUCCUUGAUUCGUUCCGAGAGCUCGUCGACCGUUUUCUCGGAAUCCAGUAGUUUCUUCUUCAGUUCUUGGAUUUCUCGUCCUCGUCCAUCUACAACUGCGCACUUUCUUUGCCAUUUUAGUUGUUCUUUGUGUAUUUGUUCACGACCUAUACGGAAUGACAUCAGGAGUUACUGAAAAUAAUGCUCUUUAUAAGAAGGCCGGAUUUUGGUGAAAGAAGUCUGCCGAUUGAUCAGUGCUGGAGUAUUUGCGGCAGCACCAGCAGCACCGCUGCCAGGAAAUUCUUAACAAAUGUUUUUUCUUUUUGUAAAUCAGCAGCGGGCGGAAUCCUAGCGUUUUCUGCAAUCUGAUUGGCUGCAGCAGCCGGCGGAAUUUUACGAUAUUUGACCACGGUCCGGAAUCCUAUACGUAAUGGCCGAAGC